AUGGCCAAGGUCCCGGAGCUGGAAUGUUCUUUCCUGCAGACGCAGCCUUCGCCCCAAGUUUCCCCUGAGAUCCAGGAGUGUUGUGUGCAGCUACUGAGCAAGGGCUUGCUCGCCUACCCGGAGCAAAGGGUGUACCUGACGGCUGGGGUGCAGCCUGGGGGCCCGCUGGGCGGCGAGGAGAAAGAGGAAGACCCAGAGUUGCCGGUAGGAGUUAAAUCAGAAAUGCAUUUAAGCAAUGGUAACUUUUCCUCUGAAGAAGAGGAUGCGGACAGUCACGACAGCAAACCCAACGAAGCCGAUCAACACCUCUCUCAGAAGAAAACCAUUACUCAGAUUAUGAAGGAUAAAAAGAAGCAGACUCAGCUCACGCUGCAGUGGCUUGAAGAGAAUUAUAUUGUAUGUGAAGGAGUUUGCUUACCACGGUGCAUCCUUUAUGCACAUUAUUUAGAUUUCUGCAGGAAAGAGAAAUUGGAGCCAGCCUGUGCGGCCACUUUUGGAAAGACAAUUCGCCAGAAAUUUCCCCUCCUAACUACAAGACGACUUGGAACAAGAGGCCAUUCAAAGUAUCAUUAUUAUGGGAUUGGCAUCAAAGAGAGCAGUGCAUAUUACCACUCCGUGUAUUCUGGAAAAGGCCUGACAAGGUUUUCUGGAAGCAAGCUGAAGAAUGAGGGUGGCUUUACUCGGAAAUACUCACUUAGCUCAAAAACUGGAACACUUCUUCCAGAAUUCCCGAGUGCACAACACCUUGUGUACCAAGGAUGCAUUUCUAAAGACAAGGUUGAUACUCUCAUAAUGAUGUACAAAACCCAUUGCCAAUGUAUCCUGGACAAUGCAAUUAAUGGAAACUUUGAAGAGAUCCAGCAUUUCUUAUUACACUUUUGGCAAGGAAUGCCUGAUCAUCUUCUUCCCCUGCUUGAAAACCCUGUUAUCAUUGACAUUUUCUGUGUUUGCGACUCAAUUCUUUAUAAGGUUCUUACAGAGGUACUCAUUCCUGCCACAAUGCAAGAAAUGCCUGAAAGCCUCCUAGCGGACAUAAGAAACUUCGCUAAAAAUUGGGAACAGUGGGUUGUUUCAUCCUUGGAGAACUUGCCAGAAGCCCUAACUGACAAGAAAAUACCUAUUGUGAGAAGAUUUGUAUCUUCUCUGAAACGACAAACAUCUUUCUUACAUCUUGUUCAGAUUGCCAGACCAGCUCUCUUUGACCAGCACGUGGUGAAUUCUAUGGUAUCGGAUAUUGAAAAGGUUGACUUAAAUAGUAUUGGAUCUCAGGCCCUUCUCACCAUUUCAGGCAGCACAGACACUGAAUCUGAUAUCUACACUGAACAUGACUCUAUCACAGUGUUCCAAGAACUGAAGGAUCUCCUUAAGAAAAAUGCCACUGUGGAGGCUUUUAUUGAAUGGUUGGAUGCAGUGGUAGAGCAGAGAGUUAUUAAGACCAGCAAACAAAAUGGAAGAUCAUUAAAGAAGAGAGCUCAAGACUUUCUGCUGAAGUGGAGCUUUUUUGGUGCUCGAGUAAUGCAUAAUCUCACCUUGAACAAUGCAUCCAGUUUUGGUUCUUUCCAUUUGAUCCGAAUGCUCCUCGAUGAAUACAUUCUUCUGGCCAUGGAGACCCAGUUUAAUAAUGACAAAGAGCAGGAGUUGCAAAAUUUAUUGGACAAGUAUAUGAAGAAUUCAGAUGCAAGUAAAGCUACUUUCACUGCUUCUCCAAGUUCGUGCUUUCUGGCUAACCGUAAUAAAGGGAGCACAGUUACCAAUGACACGGUGAAGAAUGAAAGCCACGUAGAGACAGCCUAUCUUCCUCUGUCAUCCAGUCAACCUGGAGGUUUAACCCCUGCUCUGCAUCCAUUCCCAGCUGGGAAUACAGAUAAUCUGCCACUCGCAGGUCAAAUGGAGCUUUCCCAGAGUGCUGGUCAUUUGAUGACACCACCCAUUUCUCCAGCCAUGGCAAGCCGAGGAAGCGUCAUUAAUCAGGGGCCAAUGGCAGGGAGACCCCCAAGUGUGGGCCCAGUACUGUCAGCCCCAUCACACUGCUCAGCAUACCCAGAGCCCGUUUAUCCUACUCUUCCUCAAGCCAAUCAGGACUUUUAUGGGACCAACUCUAACUAUCAGACUGUGUUUAGAUCACAGCCCCAUGUCCCAUCGGGACUCUAUUCUCACCGCACUGAACAUGGUCGAUGUAUGGCCUGGAGUGAACAGCAGCUUUCUAGAGACUUCUUCAGUGGCAGUUGUGUGGGGUCUCCCUAUAGUUCCCGGCCACCUUCUACCUAUGGACCGUCCUCACAUGCCCAAGAUUCACACAGUAUGCAGUUUCUAAAUACAGGAAGUUUCAAUUUCCUGAGCAAUGCAGGAGCUGCCAGCUGCCAAGGAGCAGCAUUGCCUCCUAAUUCACCAAAUGGAUACUAUGGAAGCAAUGUAAACUACCCAGAGUCACAUAGACUUGGAUCAAUGGUGAAUCAACAUGUUUCCGUCAUCAGCAGUGUUCGCUCACUGCCUCCCUACAGUGACAUCCAUGAUCCACUUAACAUUUUAGAUGACAGUAGCAGAAAGCAGACCAGCUCAUUUUAUGCAGACACAUCACCUUCGGUUGCCUGUCGGACUCCAGUAGUAGCAUCCAGCUUGCAAACCCCAAUUCCUUCCUCUUCUUCCCAAUGUAUGUAUGGAACUUCUAAUCAGUAUCCAGCUCAAGAAACUCUGGAUUCCCAUGGUGCAAAUAGUAGAGAAAUGGUGUCCUCUCUGCCACCUAUCAACACAGUGUUCAUGGGAACAGCAGCUGGAGCUGGAGGGACUUAA